AUGGACUGUGAUGUUUCUCACAGCCAGUCAGCCUUUCAGACCCCAUUAGACUCAGAUGGAGGAAAAGAGGGGAAAGAGGGCCAGCCACCACGCAAGCACACACUCACAGGGGUAGAAAGAGAGACCACCACACACAAAGUGGUAGAGAGAGAAACUGGUCACACACACACACACACACACAGCAUGAGAACACACUCAUGCAGAAAUGGGCCACUCAGCUGGCCCAUGUAACACAGUCGUGCAGAAAGAGAGCUGUGCUGGAUACUGCUGCGUUCAGUGUGCCCCCAGGCUCCUGUUAGGCCAUGGCACUCAAUAGGAAUGGAGAGAGUGUGUGUGCAUGGAUGCAUUUGUGUGUGUGCAUGGUAUAUCACAGAGAAGGCCUCUCAAAGUGAGGCGCUCUCAUUCAGCUGCUCUGAUAGGUAGAGCAGGAUAAGGCCAGCUGAACUCUCUGACACACACACAUGCUUAUACACACACUCACCAUCUAGUGGUGUCUGUUUGUGGUGCCAACAUGCUCAGCUGUGAGGUUCGGCCGUAAACCCAUGCUCACACGCUCUACCACACACACACACACACUGGCAUUUACGCAUUAACAAGCUCACCAUAUGAAAUAUUGACUGUCUCUGUGUGUGUUUGUGUGUGGUUCAGUCAGUGAUGGUGUGUGCUGUUACUGUCUUAAAAAACAUGUCUGGGAACUCAUGCGUGUCGCUGCAUCCAUUUGCGGGUGGGACAUUUUUUCCGCCGAACAGUUGAAAACGAUCAAAACAGACUCCAAACAGGGCAGGGAGGACAACACGCACACACACACACACACACACACACACACACACACACACGGGUGAGAUGUGCUCAAAGUGCAGUUUUAUUCCUCUGCAUUUCUCUCGAUUCAUUACCAUCACAUAAUGCCUGAGCGAUACUCAUCGCCUCACAACCCACUAUCCUGAACAACUGGCCUCCUUUAGGCAACACAGUUACAAUGGACAGGGAUUGGUGUGCUCUGUUUUAACCAAAUAUUUCUGUUUGUUACAAAAUCACAAAUCUUUACUUUAUAAAGUGUAAUUGAUGUUAUAAUGUUAUCCUAUAUUUUUUGCAGUAGAUAGUUUUAGCAAACACAACUAACAACGCUUGACGCUCCUCCUUCGAGGUCACUGAGUGCAUAGUCUAUAUAUGGACGAUAGAGAGAAAGAGCAACAGGAAGAUAGGGAGGAGGAGAGGGACUGAGUGUUCUUAUGCUUCCCUGUGUUCUUUCACUCUGUUAUUGAGAUUUCUCUCUCUUUCACUCACUUUCUCUCUUCUCCGGCAAGUCACUGUUUACCCUCAGGUCUGCGCACACGCAUAUACAGUGGGGGAAAAAAGUAUUUAGUCAGCCACCAAUUGUGCAAGUUCUCCCACUUAAAAGGAUGAGAGAGGCCUGUAAUUUUCAUCAUAGGUAAACGUCAACUAUGACAGACAAAUUGAGGAAAAAAAAUCCAGAAAAUCACAUUGUAGGAUUUUUAAUGAAUUUAUUUGCAAAUUAUGGUGGAAAAUAAGUAUUUGGUCACCUACAAACAAGCAAGAUUUCUGGCUCUCACAGACCUGUCACUUCUUCUUUAAGAGGCUCCUCUGUCCUCCACUCGUUACCUGUAUUAAUGGCACCUGUUUGAACUUGUUAUCAGUAUAAAAGACACCUGUCCACAACCUCAAACAGUCACACUCCAAACUCCACUAUGGCCAAGACCAAAGAGCUGUCAAAGAACACCAGAAACAAAAUUGUAGACCUGCACCAGGCUGGGAAGACUGAAUCUGCAAUAGGUAAGCAGCUUGGUUUGAAGAAAUCAACUGUGGGAGCAAUUAUUAGGAAAUGGAAGACAUACAAGACCACUGAUAAUCUCCCUCGAUCUGGGGCUCCACGCAAGAUCUCACCCCGUGGGGUCAAAAUGAUCACAAGAACGGUGAGCAAAAAUCCCAGAACCACAUGGGGGGACCUAGUGAAUGACCUGCAGAGAGCUGGGACCAAAGUAACAAAGCCUACCAUCAGUAACACACUACGCCACCAGGGACUCAAAUCCUGCAGUGCCAGACGUGUCCCCCUGUUUAAGCCAGUACAUGUCCAGGCCCGUCUGAAGUUUGCUAGAGUGCAUUUGGAUGAUCCAGAAGAGGAUUGGGAGAAUGUCAUAUGGUCAGAUGAAACCAAAAUAGAACUUUUUGGUAAAAAUUCAACUCGUCGUGUUUGGAGGACAAAGAAUGCUGAGUUGCAUCCAAAGAACACCAUACCUACUGUGAAGCAUGGGGGUGGAAACAUCAUGCUUUGGGGCUGUUUUUCUGCAAAGGGACCAGGACGACUGAUCCGUGUAAAGGAAAGAAUGAAUGGGGCCAUGUAUCGUGAGAUUUUGAGUGUAAACCUCCUUCCAACAGCAAGGGCAUUGAAGAUGAAACGUGGCUGGGUCUUUCAGCAUGACAAUGAUCCCAAACACAACGCCCGGGCAACGAAGGAGUGGCUUCUUAAGAAGCAUUGCAAGGUCCUGGAGUGGCCUAGCCAGUCUCCAGAUCUCAACCCCAUAGAAAAUCUUUGGAGGGAGUUGAAAGUCUGUGUUGCCCAGCGACAGCCCCAAAACAUCACUGCUCUAGAGGAGAUCUGCAUGGAGGAAUGGGCCAAAAUACCAGCAACAGUGUGUGAAAACCUUGUGAAGACUUACAGGAAACGUUUGAGCUGUGUCAUUGCCAACAAAGGGUAUAUAACAAAGUAUUGAGAAACUUUUGUUAUUGACCAAAUACUUAUUUUCCACCAUAAUUUGCAAAUAAAUUCAUUAAAAAUCCUACAAUGUGAUUUUCUGGAAUUUUUUUCCUCAUUUUGUCUGUCAUAGUUGACGUGUACCUAUGAUGAAAAUUACAGGCCUCUCUCAUCUUUUUAAGUGGGAGAACUUGCACAAUUGGUGGCUGACUAAAUACUUUUUUCCCCACUGUACACAUGUACACAAUGCUUCAUCGCAUUUGCAGACUUAUGUAAGAUAGCCUACUAUUCAUAAUGUGAUGAGUAGAUUGGAUGGUCAUAAUUUAGGCAAAUAAUAUAACUCAAUCACUGUUCGCAAAAAAGACUGUUCAAUGCAUGGCUGAGCGCCUAUAGCGUAGACGCCUGUACUAUAGGCUAUAUCAGAUACGUUUCAGGGAAAAACACAUUUCAUGCAUUUGUACUACACUUUAUAUGACUGGAGACAUUAGCAGAAUAUUUUUUAAUACGACAAAUUACAGGGUAGCCUACUCUGCUGACACUUACAAACAGAUCAAUAAAAACGACGUUGUCCAUAUAAUAGGCCUACGAGAAGGGUAGACACAAGUAGAAUAUGACGUUCAUCUAAACUGGAGGAGGAAAUUAUUGUCCAAAAACACUUAAGUGACACUGACCCAACGAUGAUCAAGAGUGAAUAUGUGCAGUGAGCACUCACCGGGGAUAUGGCCGAUGCUCUCAUCUGGUGCCAAUAAGACUGUUGUUCGCUCAAUUAAGUUGAGUAUUUCUAUAACUAAAAUACAUAUUAGAGUCUUUUCAUUGUCUUCUCUUUACAACAAUAGCCAUUUUCUUUUCAAACUAUCUUUUCCCGUGAUAAAUAUUGCGAUAUGCCUGGCUGGGCUACUCUACUUUUCACUGACUGUCUCAACUCAACAAUCAUUUAUUUGGUAUUUGCCACUCAUGCUGCCUUUCCUUCAGACUGUAGGCAAUGCUAGGGGAAGCUAAUAAUCCUCUGUGGUCAAAUCAUGCUUUAGUAGGCUAUUUUGAAUGAUUCUAUUUCUGUAUAUACAGGAGUAGGCUAGUUAGGCUAUAUAAUUCUCGCAAUUUAAUUCAAUUUACUUAGCCUUAUGGAUACGCCGCCUAUGUCAGUCUACUAUCCCCCAUAGUAGAGAAGUUGACAUAUUCUAUUGGUCAGCUUGUCGAGGAGAAAAUAGCCCAAACAAACUCUGGAACAGUUGUGGGGCGAUAGAUCCCAAAUUCAUACAACCAGUAGGCCUAAGCUACAUAAAAUUGUUUAAAAAGCAAUUAAUCUGAUGCAACAGAUCAGAAUGUUUAGCUUAAAAUGUUGAUAAACGAUUAUUUCUUAACAUUAUUAGCGCAGCAAUGUGAACAAGGCAUUAGGCUACACGUGAAUGUUCAUUUGGCUACCAGACAAUGAAAUCAAGUUGAAAACCAAUAGAACAUGAGAGAAAUAGGCUACUGGUUUCAAUGGCAUAUGGAAGUCGUUAUAAAAUAAUUGCCUCCACGGAUAUGGUCGGACUUUGCCUAGGCUACUUUGAAGCAACGUAAAACAUGCCUCAUAAUAUGUAGUAAAAUGUUCGGGUUUCAAACAAUUAAGUAGCUAUUUGUUUUCAAAAUGCAUACUGCCUCCAGCUCCUUUGCAAAUUGUGCUGAUGAAGCCUGCCUUCCAUUGCCUAUGCAUUUGAAUGGCGAAUGGGAAGCGUGUUUCAAUUACCAGUUGAGAAAUACAAAUUUGAGCUCUUUUUAAUCGUGGUCCAAAAACUAUUUUUAACACACGAUUGCAUUAAGAAUUAUUGCGCAAUAAUUUGCCUUCUCCCCAGACAAUUGGCCAGUGCCAAUUUUAUUUAUCGGCUUUUCUAUUUGUUUUAACAGCCAACAUCCGGCUAUUACCAGCUAAUGGAAACCCUGACACACACACACACACACGCCUACUCUUAUUAUACAAAUUGCACACACAGACAGACACACAGAUGUUGUUUUGACAGGCCCUCUCUGUGUGUAUCUGUGUGUUCGAUGUAUGAACUCUUAUGAGGUGACAUUUAGACAGUCUAAAGUCCUCACACUGAUCUCCUCCUGUCUACUCGUCAAACAUAAGAAAACCACCUCUGUCUGCUUUGGUCUCACAGAUUCUGUUUCUCUGAUGGUGACUAUAUAUAUGUGUGUGUUUUCCGUUUUUCUUUGAGCCCUGACAUGCCUAAGGAACAGCACUAAUCCCUUUUCACAGCAUUAAAGCGAUAGACAGGACAAUUAGUGGGAUUGUGUGUUUGCAUUCAGUGUGUGUUUUCACCGAAGGCUCAUUAAACAGAUUGCUUGGGCUUGUAGGCAAAAUGCAUGAAGACAAACGCACUGAUGUAGCUACUAACUAGCUAGUUAGCUAGCUGCUAGAGCAGGAAUGGAUAAGCUCGAUCUUUCGAAGCCCAAGUGUCUACUGGUUUUUCUUCUUCAAACCAGCAUCUGAUUUAGACCUGGGAAUUUUCUCUGUGUGUGUCCUGACUGUCUUCUAAUGUGACAGCUCUCUGUGAAUAUUUCAUAGCCUGGCCUAAAUAUUGAUGACAAUGCUCUCUCUCUCUCUCUCUCUCUCUCUCUCUCUCUCUCUCUCUCUCUCUCUCUCUCUCUCUCUCUCUCUCUCUCUCUCUCUCUCUCUCUCUCUCUCUCUCUCUCUCUCAUUCUUUCUCUAUCUCUCUCUCCUUUGAUGGCUAUUUAGAAAUGAACAGGAACCUCUACAGUUGUGUUUCUAGGGACUUUUCAUAAUAAGUAAAGAUAAGAAGUGUUUCCACAACCAAACAGGUCUUUCACCAGAGGGAGGCACCUGUGUAGGGGUUAGCCGUGUGUGUGUGUGAAAGAUUUACAUGUAAGCUGAGCCUCGUCAAGCAGGUUCCCUCGACCUCAACUGUAGCGUGGGAAACUGGAGUUGUGCCUGUGGGUUUGUGUGUAUCUAGUGAACAGUCUCUCUCUCUCUGCCUCCCUUCUCCCCUCCCACCUCUCUCCCGGUAUUUCUCUCUCUUCCUCCCUCAGCCCUUCCACCCCAUGGUGAACCUGCAGUGUUCGGAGGACCUGAGGAUGUUCCUGUGUGCCCUCUAUGCUCCAGGUCUGUAUGGAGUAUGGCCGUGUGUCCAUGCCCUGCCGAGCCCUGUGCCACCGCGCCAAGAGGGACUGCCACAAACUCAUGGAGAUGUUCGGAGUGACCUGGCCAGACGAGAUAGAGUGUAGCAGGUACUGCAUGGGACUGUCCCUAGGUUGACCUUACAAUAAACGUUUCGCUUCGUGACCCUCCAAUUGAGGGUUGAGUGGUGAAAAAACAGAUGCCGACCAAAGAAUUAACUCUUAAGAGGAUCUCCAACUCUAAGAUGAUCUCUGCCUUGAUUGACCAUUAACCGCUUACCCUGACCCUACCAUAACCAUUACCUACUCUAAGAUCACUCAACCAUAUCAUAUAAAAGGAAAGUAAAACUGAAUGUCCAGAGACCAUGUGUUAGGAUACUGGUUAGCAACUACCUACCCUCAUUGACCUGGGACACCUCACUUAAUAACUUACAAACCCAACCACAUUUUGUUAAUCUUGUAUCUCUCUCUUUCUUUACCUCCCUCCCUCGCUCCCGCCCCAGGUUCCCAGACUGUGACGAGCCCUACCCCCGUGCAGUGGACCUCCAGACCAGUGUGGACCCCACAGACAUCUCUCCCAUGUCCGUCCAGAGGGACUACGGCUUCUGGUGCCCCCGUGAGCUCAAGAUGGAGCCCGACCUGGGCUACUCGUUCCUGGGCACACGCGACUGCUCAGCCCCCUGCCCCAACAUGUACUUCCAGCGCCCGGAGCUCACCUUCGCCCGCUACUUCAUCGGCGUGGUGUCUAUCGUCUGUCUCUCGGCAACGCUCUUCACCUUCCUCACGUUCCUCAUCGACGUCACGAGGUUCCGCUAUCCCGAGCGGCCAAUCAUCUUCUACGCCGUGUGCUACAUGAUGGUGUCGCUAGUCUUCUUUCUGGGCUUCCUAUUGGAGGACAGGGUGGCGUGCAAUGCGGCGAACCCCGCCCAGUACCGGGCAGCCACCGUCACGCAGGGCUCACACAACAAGGUAGGUGACCCAUCCAUCUGCUUAGUGAUUGAUUGAUUGACUAAUUAAUAGAUUAUUUUCUCUGAUGCUACUACUGUAAUGAUGUUCCCGGUACACAUGUAUAAACUUUAAAACAUUCUUCAGUCUUCUUCUCUAAGCCCUGUUCUCGUCUCCCUUUCCCCCUCCUCUCUCUUUUCCUUCUCUCCUCUGUCCUCUCUCUUCUCCCCCUCUCUCCUCUCUCUUUUCCUUCUCUCCUCUCUUUUCUCCCCCUCUCUCCUCUCUCUUUUCCUUCUCUCCUUUCUUCUCUCUCUUCUCUCUUCUCUCUUUUCUCUCUCCUCUCUGUUUCUUCUCCCUCGCUUUUCUCUCCUCUCUUCCCCACCUCUACCCUCUCUCUUCUUUUCUCUCUCCCUCUUCUCCUCUCCCCCUCUCCUCUCUCUUCUCCACCUCUUCUCUUACCUCUCUCUCCUCCCCCUCUCCGCUCUCCUCUCUCUCUCUCUCUCCUCCAGGUGUGUUCUCUGUUCUUUAUGGUGCUGUAUUUCUUCACCAUGGCUGGCAGUGUGUGGUGGGUCAUCCUCACCGUCACCUGGUUCCUGGCCGCCGUGCCCAAAUGGGGCAGUGAGGCCAUCGAGAAGAAGGCCCUGCUCUUCCACACCUGCGCCUGGGGCCUGCCUGGCUGCCUCACCGUGGGCCUGCUAGCCCUCAACAAGAUUGAGGGCGACGGUGUGAGUGGCGUGUGCUUCGUAGGCCUCUACGACAUCACGGCGCUGCGCUGGUUCCUGCUGGCACCGCUCUGCCUCAACGUGGCGGUGAGUGUUCAUUCUAUUUUAUUUUUUAUGUUUUAUUAUUUGGUUCACCAUUAACUAGCUCCUUAGCUGGCUUAACAAAGUAUAAAUAAAUGCAAUGUGAAUAUCUGAAGAUGGCCCCAUCGACCAAUAAGUCAUGCUCUAAUCUAACCUAGUCCCUGUCUAUCUUUCUCUAGGUGGGUGUAUCUCUGUUACUGGUGGGCAUUGUGGCGCUGAACCGUGUGCGUAUGGAGAUCCCUCUGGAGAAGGAGAACCAGGACAAGCUGGUGAAGUUUAUGAUCCGUAUCGGGGUUUUCUCUGUGCUCUACUUGGUGCCCCUGCUCACGGUGAUAUCCUGCUACCUGUACGAACACAGCUACAGGGCUCUCUGGGAGACCACCUGGGUCCAGGAGCGCUGCAGAGACUACCACAUACCCUGUCCCUACGAGGUAGGUGCCCAUACUCACACUCUCUCUCUCUCCUAGUUUACAGCUCCUAUUACCAUUCCCUCGCUGCUUCCUGAGUUCUGUAACACACACUGUAACUUUACUCUGCCUAACCCAACUUCACAGGAUAAAGUUUCCUCCUCUAACUCCCACCCACUCUGGGCUUCCUCUUAAUUAGUAAGUACUUGCAGUUAGGAUGAUCACAUGUCCCGGAUUGUGUGGGACAGUCACACAUUUUGGCCCUUUGUCCUGCGUCCUGCAACCAAACAAUCAUGUCCUGCAUUUUAUCAACAAAUUAAAACAUUACUAAUUUAGAAGAAAAAAAACAAUUUGUCCCGUAUUUCAGUCAGACUAGCUAGGUUUCCAUCCAAUUGGCGACAAAUUUUCAUGCGAAUAUUCUAAAAUCCACAAAAACCAGUGGUGUGUUUCCACCAAACAGACUUGUUGCAGAUAAAAAUCAGUGUGUGAUGAGGUAGUGCACACAAAAUGUAAUUUUUCGCUUACAUUUUCAUGUACCGAAUAUAUAUAUAUAUAUAUAUAUAUAUAUAUUAUUUUUUUAUGUGUUUCCAUUGCAUUUUUUACUCUACCGAUAGUUUUGUCACAAAAACUGUUGCGUUAAACAGCAAAUGAGCCUCCUCUUGGCACGUGCGCUCUAGCCAACAGCUCCCAGGUAAACUAGUCUACAUGAGAUUAUGGAGAAGAGCGAGAAUAUUUGUCAAACGGCAGUCACCAGAAUAAGACCCUCAAUAUUUAUUGGAAAGGAGCAUCAAGCUCAUCACCGUGCACUUUCACCACCCUGUGAAGUUCAUCCUAAGUUACACAUUAUCUGUCUGCAUUUAUACAAUUGCACCGAAACUUCCUGAUUCCAUCACACCUGUUGUGAUUUCAUUUUAUACGGUAUGACUUUAUUCGCAUGGAAACGUGGUUACUGAUGAGAAUUAAUAUUCAAAUUGUAUUUUCUACAUUGCCCUUAUGACAAGAUCAGAAGUAUGUGGUACUGGUGAUCAUAAACACUUCUCCAAUCAUUGAUGAGCUCUCAUAUUCUUGCGCAGCGCAAGAUGAGACGUAGGCCAAUGUAAUAUCUUCAACCAAUCACAUUUAUCAAAUCCUUUCUGGCUAAAUUCCAACUUGAAGAGGCCAGUUAACUACUUACAAAAAGCGGGCUUCUAACGAAGAGUUACAAAAGUAAGUAAAUAGCUGUAUUAGACUGAAAGUAUUCCGAACUGUUUUACAUGCCCUGAGACCAACCAGAAAUGUUUCCUUCCUUCCCAGAUUUUCAUAAAACAGCCACAUAUUUUGCGCUUCAAUUAGCUCGGUCAGUGCUUGCUUUUUGUUUGUGUAUGGGGGUGCUGCCAAAUUUGUAUUUAUUCAUGUAGGCUACACUGUCCCGCAAAAUCAUCCCGUUGUCCCACAUUUGGGUAUUUUAAAUGUGGUCACCCUAUCUGCAGUGUACGUGUGUGUGUACGUUGUUGAGUUGAGAGUGAGCUGGGGGAAGGAAAAGAGGAGCGAUUGCUUACUUCUCUCUCCUUCUCUCUCUGAGGGCUUGUUCAGUCACGCUUAGCUGGCUGUAUUGUGUGAUGCCUCUGUAAUGGUUGUAGGAGGAGAGGGGGGAGUAGGAGGGGGUUCGGAAAGGGUUGUUUUAUGUCAUCGGGCACUAAAUUAAUAACCGAAUAUAACAUUUGUGCUCACUCACUGUCUCUAUUUGACACACCGACCACACACAGAUUACCAGUUGGUGAAAGCCUUUCAUCUUCCCGGCCAAUAUGUCAGUUAAAAGUGGAUGUGUAUCUGCCACUGCAAUAGAGAGAGGUUACGUUAUUAGAAAAGUUGUGAAGAAUGGACAUUACAGCUGCAAUAGUACACAGACAUCCACUUCUGUCUCUCUCUCUCUCAAUUCAAUUUCAAAUGCUUUAUUGGCAUGACUUAACAAUGUACCUAUUGCCAAAGCAUACAUAUUGCCAAUGAAACUCUCUAAUUGCUUUAUAUUUUUUUACAUUUUGUGAGGAAUAGCAUAUCUUUGUCUCACUCUCUCUCUCUCUCUCUCUCUCUCUCUCUCUCAUACACAUAGUAUGAAGUUGAAUUGAUUAAAGUAAUAUGAGCAGUGAUGUGGGAGCUCUGAGUGAGAGUGAAUGCGCUGGUGUGGAAUAUAGGGUAUGAGCAGGUGCUAGUGCUUAGGUUUCUCUGACGUAUGAGGGUGUGUGUAUGUCCUCCAUGCAGUGACCACCUCUGUAUCUCAUAGUCACUCUGGAAUUCCAAUUUUGCUCCAUAUCAUUUGAUCGCUCCCCAGGAGGUCCCUCCAUGUGUGUGUGUCUGUGUGUGUGUGGGAGUGUGUCUGUGUGUGUGGCACAUUUUGGUCAGUGAUGCUAUUUAUCACCACAAGAGGGAGUUGUGGUUUUAGAUGACAGGUCUAUGACUCUCUCUCUCCCUUACACACACACACACACACACACACUGGGUUGGCAUGUGGAGUAGAGCAGAAGGGAGGAUUGUCUGUGGGCAGUGAGCUGUGCAGGGUGAGGAAGAGAACACACUCGCUCUCUCCGUUAGGUUGAAUAGUUGUUUUAAUCUGCCAGUGUUUCUGAUCACAUACACACACACACACGCUGGCUGUGUCCGAAUACCUGUACUUGCGUUCUAAAUAGUAGGCAUUUUGGGUAUGCAAAAAAAUACAGUUUUAUAGUAUGUGCAAUUUUGAAAAUGUAGUAUUUAAAUGCCAGGAUGUCAUACUCAUUUUGGCUUUCCAUCCAGUAGAGGUAUUGAGGAUGAGAAUCAGCCGAGGGGACGUACUGUACCAAAAUGAACCAAUGGCAGGAAUCAAAGUAAUUGCGCAUUAGAUGACGCAUUGUCAGUAGGAUGAGCCUAGUAUGUUGAUAAUUGUUGCUUACUGCAUUCAUUUUUACUCAACUAAAUAGUAUGUAGGAUAAUUAGUGCAAGGUAUGCAGUUUAAGUACAUUUUGUGUCACUCACACCCCCCCCCCCCCCCCCCCCAUUUAGGUUGAACAGACCAGUCAUCCAGACCUGACCCUGUUCCUUAUUAAGUACAUGAUGAUGCUGGUGGUGGGGAUUCCCUCAGUCUUCUGGGUGGGCAGCAAGAAGACCUGCUUCGAAUGGGCCAGCUUCCUACAAGGACGCAGACGCAAAGAGUAAGCAGAGAGCGGUAGUGUUUGUGUGUGUGUUUUCACACUGUUUAUAAAGGUAGACUCAGUGAAAUGACUUUGCCACGAGCAGCACCGCAGAUAUUGCGAUGAGCGAAGUUUAGCCUCACGCUUCAACGCUCUUAGUUGUUGCGGAAUUUGACCCAGUAUGCUGUUUACUUUCUGCACCUACGUCAAAUCGCUGAGUCUACCUUUUAAUGUGCGUAUUUCUAAUUUCAAGCCGGUAAAUUGGCUACUUGGUAAUGUAGAACCACUCGCUAAACAAUAUUAAAAUGAGCAAUUUGAGCAACGUGAAUGUGAAUGUCAAAAUGUAAUUUGGUUUAAAUUGCCUAGGCUUAAAAGCCUUAUCAUUCCAUCCUAGCACAAACACACACACACACACACACACACACAUACACACAUACACACUUCCCAUAACCCGGUCUCCAUGGUGAUUAGGUUAUUUUCUGCACCUGUUCUCCCACCCUCAAUUACAGAACAUUAACCCCUUCCUCCUCCUCCUCUGCUCGCCCCAUCCCUCUCUCCUCCCUCCCCUUCCUCCAUCUCUCCAUCUCUUCUCUGCGUCUCUCCCACCCCUCUGCCUUCCCUCUUUCCCUGCCAUCCUCCUUGUGUCACUCCCUUUCUCUCCCCACUCUCUACCAUCCCUCCUCUUCUGCCUUGCCCCUCUCCCUCCCACUCCACUCACUCCGUGUCCUCCCAUGCCUCUCCCCUCCCACCCUCCCCCCUCUUCCCUUUCUCUCACCCACCUCCUCCUCUCUCCCUGCACUCCUCCCUCCUCCUCUCCCUCCCCCCUCCAGUAGUGGGGUGAAUGAGAGCAGACAGGUGCUCCAGGAGCCAGACUUUGCCCAAUCUCUACUCAGAGACCCCCACACCCCGAUCAUCAGGAAAUCACGGGGAACCUCCACCCAGGUAAGACUAGCACCAUGACCUUGUCACCUCAUAUGGUCCUAACAUAAUUCAUGAUAUAAUGUAAUAUAAUAUCACCCUAACUAGUUCCUGUUUUUAAUUCCUAAUUCCCCCCCCCCCCCCCCCCCCAGGGCACCUCCACCCACGCCUCCUCCACUCACCUGGCCAUCCUGGACGAGCCUGACGACCCUAGACACGCCCCCGACGACCGCGGACCAAUCCACUCUCUGGGCUACGCCGCCUCCACCCGCAGCAAGGCUGGCAGCGUGCACAGCAAGACCAGUUACCAUGGCAGCCUGCAUCGCUCCCGAGACGGACGGUAGGAGAGAGAGACAAGGUGGAAAGGAGGGAGGGAGAGAGGGUUGGCUACGGAUGCCACUACAUAUGAGCAGUUUUUACAGUCAAAAAUUAUUACAUGAUAAAACUGGAUUCAGGCUUCCCAGAACCUGUUUUAGUUAUGGCACCUCAAGAGAUCCUCGUCUGUAGACAGCUACUUAUCUGUUAUUAACAGUUUAUAUAACUGAGAUAAAAGUUCCUGGCUGUAUAAGACUUCAUCAGAUUAGAGAGCAUAGCUGGCAUACCUGUUGGUGUGGGUGCAGUACAUAAAGUGCUGAGCUACUGAACUAACCUCUCCUUCCCCUCUCUUUCCCCGACCCCCAGCCACACCCCCUGUAGUUACAGAGGCGGCGAGGAGCGCACACUACCCCCCCACAGCAGCAUGCCUCGCCUCGACCAUCCGCUGUCCACUCACAGCAGCCUCCACCGACUGGACGCCCAAUCACGGCACAGCAGCCAGCGUGAUCUUUCCGUUGCCCCACCCACUCUUAUCACCCACGGGACGAGCGGCGGCCGCGUCGCUAGUGAUGACGACGAUGGAGCCAGCGCCUGA